AUGGGCAUAUUAAAACGACUGGAAGAGGCGCUGGAACUUUACAGAUCUGACAAAAUCAAAGAACGCUCUCAAGGCCAUGAUCAGCUCAGAGACCUACUCCACAACAGGGAUACAAUCUUGCGCUUCGCCGAUGCGGCCCAAGAGAGCAGUGCCAGGCCCUGGAUCAGCCUGUUCUCCUGUGUGAUGAAUGCCGUCCAUUCAGAGAAAGUGUUAAUGUCCAAAAAAGAUACUGCCGCUCAGAAGCAGCGGCUAUCCAACGCGAUCAGCAUCGCGCGGCUUGUAGCAGAGCAAUCUGUCCACCACAUUGGUAGGCUUCCACUACUAGCGCUUAUUGGUACCAUGCGGCAACAGCUACUGUGGUCUCGCAAGAUAUAUGAGCCAGCUCUGGUCGACUACUCAAAAGCUAUAGUCACUCUCCUAUCACACCCUCCCCAUCUGGAAGUACUAGAUCGGGCCUCAUGGCUGUCUUUGAUGUCUAUCAGCUUUGCUGUCAUCCUGGGAGACGAAGUGAAGUGUGAAUCGGAUGACGACCCCGAUACGCUCGGCGUGAUGUUGGAGCUCAAAAUCGUCGAAGAGGAAGAAAGAAGUGGGAAAAGACACAGCCUCUCAACGAAACAAAUACCUGUUUCAAACAGCAAUGAGAGCUUCGUCAAGCUGGUACCCAUCCUUCUGUCUAGUGGUACCGCGCCCAUCAUACCUCCCUCUUUGAAUCAAGGCGAUAUACUGCCAGCCAAUCAACGAGUGGGUCUGGGCCUGCUGCUUAAGUUGCGACGUUUUUUUGUCGCUCAGCCCCACGUCACUGUAUAUCACCCUCAUCUACUCAAAGCUCUCAAUAUCCUCCUGAGUGAACUGGAGCUCAAUCAUCGUGAAACAUUCAACAAUGCGAGCAUCAAAAUACUCCCCCAACUCGUGACAUUAUGGUCGAAUUCUGUCAGGUCUCAGGAUCGAUCCGUGGUGGAUCAAGUUGUCAUUGCAAUCAGGACAAUUCUGCCUCAUAUAACUCAUCCUGCAAUGGAGGCCAAGUAUGUCGCCGAAAUUAGAAGCAGUCUUGAAACACUCUGGGAAGUGCUGCCGAGAGAAGCGGGGAGUAAAAGGCUGGAGUAUCUGGAUAUGGGUUGCUUGAGGUUGAAAAGUCGGAUUCAGGGUCGCACAAAUCUGGUCCCUUUCGAGAGUGUAUCCUUCUCGGCUGGAUAUCAUUUUUCUGUGAGCCAAACAUUCUCAUGGGCUGCUUUGGAACUAUACAGCGAUUGCUGCAAGUACCUUUACCUCACCAGAUCUUCCGACGUCGAAAUAGGACGUAAUGGGUCCACCCCAAAGCGUAGGAAGGUCGAACAUACGCUAUCGUCUCUUCUUUCUGCAGUGAAUCUGGGCAAAUUCGAGUCUCGCUUGCUUGCUCUCCAAACCCUCAUAUUCCUCAUUGGCCGACAAUGGAGUUCUCUAGAGAUGGAGACGCAGCAAGCGGUCUUUCAUUGCCUCCACGCUCUUCUCAACGAUGAGAACGAAGUUCUGCAAUCGUGGGCCUUCCUCGGUCUGGCCACGGCGGCUGUGAUAAGCACAGCGGGCUCUGAUUUCCAUACCGACAAGUCCGACCCCACCUUGAACACACACACAUCAUUAUGGGGUAACCGCAAAGCCCCGUCGUCGAAUGACGAGAUAUGGAACAAGGUGUGGAGUCACGCUGUGCGCAAAUGCUAUGUGCCUGCGACAUCCCGAGCGGCGUCUCAUCUCACGGCCAUCUUGAUCCAACUCAACUUACUCGACCACAAUACCAUCGUGGGUGGUAUACGUAGUCUGUUACAGAGCGUUGAAAUCGAAGGCCCCCCUGCUUCACUCGACUCUGUGUGUGUGCUGCACACGAUAGCGUUGGAAAUGGCUCAGUCGGAUAUCCGACUGUACUCGCUGGGCUUGGAAGAAAAGGUUCUGGCAUGGCUGGAGAAGAUUUGGGCUGGAGACAAGGCUGUCAGAUCAGAGGGGUCCGACGGGCGGCUAGAACAGAGGGCACCCAGCGAUCUGCUCGGAUUACUCUCCGCGAUAUCUGGAGUCCAGUCAUAUUCGCUUGUGGAGCCCACUGUUGACGAAUUCGUGCCCGAAUCUGCGGUGUCCAAGCACUUGUUCGAGGAAGCGGCAACGCAGUCAAUCAGAGAUAUCGUCCUCUACCAAAAGUUUCCUCAACCACCUUCGACCGUCACGCAUAUGAGGGCGGUCACUAUAGGAGCUUUCGAACCGGAAAAUUCCUCGCCCCUCGAGUCUCGCUGUCUUCGUCUCUCCCUGCUCAUGAGCAGUAUGAUGCGCAACGAUCUAGUUCAGGAGCAGGGGAAAUCGUUCAUCAUUCACAACCAUUUGGCGGAGAGAACACGGCGGUCAAUCGACCUGGUCGUGUUGGUCUAUGCUUAUCAAGCAUCGCUGUGCUUGAAUGGCUACACAGUUCACACGGCAUCUCUACAGGCUGCCACCCGCCUUCUUGACUCGCUACUGCCUACAAUGGCAUCCCAUGAUCUACCACUACCCGAUUUGGACCUUAUCUGGCGGGGCCUGAGAUGUCUUGUCGCCGACACUGGGAAAGACUACGACGUGGAUCGUUGGCCGAUACUUGUUCUGCCUGGUAUACCGUCAGGCAUAAGAACAGACCUCCUGCCGCAGCAGCAGGGACAGCCAGCCAGCAGAGAUUCCGAGGGUAGCCCCACCGCAACGUCCACCCAAUGUCAUUCUACUUUCCCAUCAGACUUUCCGUCUACGUAUAUGUCACAGGAAGGAUCAUACCCCGUCCUUCCACAGGAUUCCACUGGCGACGACGCACUUGUCCAUGCCAUCUGGCGAUUGCCUACCGUUACCACCACGCUCAAGGGACUUUUUGAACCUUGCCUUCAAAUCGCAAGGAGGUCUCGAUCGUCUGAUCCCGUACAAUCACAACUUCGGGCGGCUGGCGGUCAUGAUAGCGACGAUGACGAUGAUUUUUCUGGGAUGUCUGUUGAGGAUGCCGCAGUGCUUCCAUCCAAGGAGACACCUGAGAAGCGGGCGAGUGCCUCGAUCCUUCAUUCCGUCGUGUGCUUUCGGUUGAAGGGAGGCAAGUUGGCCCAAAACGCCCCUCGCGCCUACAAAGAUCCGUCUCUUAUCAAUUGCUUCUUACAAUCGGAUGCCCCACAUUCUUUAGCAGUCGGGCUAGCCCUGUGUGAAGCUAUUCACAAAGGAUGGUUACGGAUUAACCUCGAGGCUGUCCAAUUGGUAGUCGACGAACUGAAUGGACUCAUUGGAAGCUACAGCUACCGGUAUGACGAGGCUGCGUGGUCAUUUGCUUUUGCAUUCCUGAGAUGCUCGGCGUCUGCAUGGCUGCUGAAAGCCGACACCAAGCUAUUUGAAGCUUGUAUGAAGCUUAUCCACUUUGUCGCCGCCCGAGUCCUUCACGGGACUCCAAUGUCAUGGAGGCUGAAGUACGAUCUUCUUCAAUUCUUGGAGGAUUUCACCAGCUACGAAAAGGCGAUCCAAUUAUGGGCGAAUUAUCCUACAGAGGACACAAGAAACGAAGAGAUUGCGGAGGAGAACCGCAAAAUCAAUGAGCUAUGGGUGCUGGCAGCACGGGCGCUCAGGGAUGAUGAUAUACGGAUACGUGUCCGUGCUUCCACCAUGGCAGGCAACGCUUUCUAUCGCCCAAUGCUGGGCUUGUCUCAGCACCCCGAAUUCUAUCAGAGCUGCUCUCGUCAAUCUCAGGAUGAGGCUCAAAUUGACCACUUUGUCACCGACAUCUUAUGGAAUGUCAAUUGCUGCGUCGCAUCUGCUGCUGUCCGUCAAACGGCUGUUUUAAUGCUCUGCAACUUGGCCAUCGACACAUCGGCGGGGUUGCCCUAUAUCCAGGCCGGCCUGAGUGCGGCUGCGGGUCGCCUGGGAUUGUCAUCAGCAUCCACGCUAUGUCUUCCAUACUGUGCUGGGGCCCUCGUUGCGCAGGCGCACACAAAUACGGCAAACAGUCUCAGUCGCAUAUUGGGAUUCUCGGACCGAAAUGCGCUUCAUGUGGCAUGUUUGAAAGCUUGCGGGCCCUAUCUGCUGCAUCAAGAGCAAUUCAAUUUCUAUUCGAGGGCAUGCGAGUCUAUACACCUCCCGACAGAGGAAGUCAUCAGGCAGAACUUCCCCGAGAUAGCCUCAGUCAUCAUGACUCUUUCCUGGAGUGUCAAUCAGAGGGACAAAAACAUUGAGAGCGGGCUAGUGAGGCUGGCCGCGCUACCGGGAAUCAAUACUGUCGAGACAGCAAAAGAACUGCUUGAAGAUCAUGUCGACGCUGUCCGGGCGUAUGUUUGGGAAUUGAUCGAUCUAAACACGACACCAGAAGAUAUCACUAGUCUUCUCAAACGUGAAAAGAUUGAAACUGCCACUUUUCGAGAAAUCCAACCGCCAGAUAUGGAGAGCUCGCCAGGGUCUCUUGCAUCGACGGCUCUUCAGCCAUCUGCGUCUGUUGAUGUUGUCUACGUCGUAUCUUCGAGCCUUGCCACGAGGCAUGGGACCUCUUCGUCAAUCAACGGGAUGGUAUUUGCUGCGAUUCUGCGACUGACUUUUCUCAUCAAUGAGGCAUUCUUGGUCAGCGAGCAGGAUCGCCAUCUGCGUGCUCUAUUCUGCCUAAUAGCUAUCAAUGCUAAGGCUUUUCGCCAGAAAAUGAUCUUGGGAACUUUUCUGCAUGAGGUUCUAGCUCUACUCGACCAGCCCAAUCUAUCCCACACCGUCUUGCCUAUGGUCAAGUGGGGGUUUACUCGACUCACUACCCUUGCUGGCACAGGGCCUACCAACACAACCAACCUGUUCUUGCAAUUAGGAAGAGUGUGGAGCGUAUCCCAUAGAGCUGUUUCUGUCCCAAGACAGCAGCAUCUAGCUCACUUACUGGAGGACUGGAUCACAAGCGCAUUGCCCGGUUGGGAGACUUCUACGGUGAAGGACUCUUUCUUGCAGGCAGCCGCAUUGUGGCCAGAUGAUGUUCGGUCCCGAUUAAAUACUCCCUUGAAGUCCCCGACCCUCUGGGAGCUGCGCGGUUUGAGCGAAGCGAAUAUUGUUGGAACAGGCUCCGAGCUGUGCAAGCAGUUUAAGAAGCUUGCUGAAGACGACUACACUGGCAAGGUUGCACCUGCGUUCAUGGCCUCAGCUUUCUGGACGAUCAAAAGUGAUAUGGGACGUGAAUGGGAUCCAGAGGGCAUAUCAGCCUUCCAAGAACUUUUGUACAUGGCUGGUGGAGAAAUACGCUCGGCACCACCCAUUGGGGCGUCUCCUCGAAAGCCAACAGCAAAUGGAGCACAUGACGUCUUCCUGGGGAUCAGUGAGUUCACUGUCCGCCUACUUGAUGACCACCACCAUGGAGUACGCGCAGCGGCAUAUCGCGCUCUCCAAGGUAUGAAGCCACACAUUUCUGCUGCUGGGAUAGAGACAAGACUCUCCCCAGUCGAACACAAUCUGUAUGAAAUCUUGGAACCUUUGGUUUUGGCACAGUCCCAGAAGGAAUACAGAUUAUCGGAUAUACUGGACAGAUCCUCCUGGGACAGUCUCUUGUGUAAUACUGAAGCAUGGGCACUCGACCUAGCCCGGCUCUUGUGUGAUGUGGCCUCUCACCAGGACCCCUUUUACCUCUCUAUCAAUCCACUGCUGUCGUCUCAGGUCCCUUUACGACAUCUCCUGCCUUAUCUUGUACACGCUGUCCUAAUCUGCGACAAAAGUAACAAAGCAAGCCCAAAGAAUUCACGAAUACUUGCCAGAUAUUUCGAGCAAGUUGUCCAAUCGUCGCAAGCCUCCACCGAAACGAUCCAGACUGUUAUUGACAUCAGUCUCUAUCUGCGUCAGUAUCAAGCACCACACACUUCCGGAAAAGAGGACAACGAGUGGCUCAGUAUCGACCUUGUCACAUUGAGCCAAGCGGCUAUACGUUGCGAUUCGUAUGUGACAGCACUCUUGUUUCUUGAGUUGGCGAGAGACCAGCCUGUCCCACCUGACCUGACAAGGAGCAACAUUCAGAGGAUCUUGUAUGACGUAUACAGCAAUGUUGACGAGCCAGAUGGCUUUUAUGGUAUCCAAAAUAACGAUGCCCGUGACGCUCUGAGUCGCCGUCUCAAGCAUGAGGGUUCGUCAUGGGCCGCUUUGGCUUGGGAUGGUGCAAUAUUCAACGCAGCCGGCGAUGGCCCCUCGACUAUACUGCCGGUCGUGCGCAAUCUUCACGAAAUCGGUUUCUCUCGCCUGGCCUCGUCUGUAGUGUCUCAAGCCGAGAACGCAACGAAUGCUACGACCGAGGACCCAUUCUUCGCAGAGCUUGGAUGGAGGACUGGUAAUUGGACAUUACCGCUGAGCACAGAGGCCAAGGCGACACCCUCCGGCUUACUGUAUGAGGCGCUAAGCGCAGUCCACAAGAGCAGAGACCUGAAUACUGCAAGAGUGGCUAUCGAUGAAGCUGUACGAAUCAGCAUCGAAGAAUUAUCCAAGGCUUCUAGAGAGAAAAUGUCUUCUAUCGAAUCUAUCACCACAAAUCUUCUCUGUUUGAGAGAAUUACAGGAGUGGAACCGGCAGCAGUCAGAGGACUCGCCCAAAUCCACGGUCUUUCGUGCAGGGGAAAGCUUUGAGGAUUCUGGUACAAGAUUUGAAUUCUCCAUUGCAGAAAAGAUUAUUGCCGUUCGGAUGUCCCUGAUACAAUCAACCAAGCACCGCGAAUCCCAGAAUCUCAUUGGCGACAUGGAGAGCCCUGGUUUUAAAGCAACUGUGGAAGCGGAGAAAGCAUGUCAUCUUCAGCUCUGCAAACUAGCCCUCAAAGAUGGCAGAAUGCAGACAGCCAUCAACUCCAUCACAGCGGCUCAACGACUAGAGGAUACCUCUCGGGGAUCCGAAGAGACUCAGGAUCUGUUCUGCGAGGUGCUUUGGAAGCAAGGGGAGCACGGCCUAGCUAUACAGCUGGUGGAGACGCGCAUAAAAGAGGAAAAAGGUAGUAGCAGGGAUCUCAACGGAGUGGUUGCCCUACGAGAUAAAUUGGCUCUCUGGACUUCCUCUGCCCGACUGAGAUCUGCCGAAGAGAUCGAAUCAACGUUUGAAGAUGCGGUAUCCCGGGUCAAGAAAUUUCAACUACGCAAGUCAGAACAUGCCAGACUCUACUACCACUUCGCAUGCUUUUCACACCAACAGCAUAUUUCUCUGGCCAACAGCUCAGAGUUCAAGAGAUUAGAAGAGCGAGAGAAGCGUCGCCAGGCCGGAGCGAUCGCCUCACAAGCUCUUGGAAAAGGUGGCCGCCGUCAAAGCAAGCUUCAGAAAGGGGAAAUUCACCUCGCAAAGUUUGCCGAGUUCAAAGAAGCUCAAGCGGAUAGCACAGCAUUCGAGGACUUGAAGCAGCGAAGCGCUGCUUACCUCCGUUCUGCCCAGACAAACUAUAUCAAAACGCUUUGCUACAGCGAUGAGUUUGACGACACUAUAAUGUCGCUCGUCACUCUUUGGUUCGAGAACGACCAAGACCAAGAAGCAAAUCAAGCUCUAGGGCAACAAAUAUCCACUGUUCCAUCUUACAAGUUCAUUUUCCUCGCCCCUCAGAUCACCGCUCGCCUCAAUCAAAACGACGACAAAGAGGAAUUCGCAAAAUCCCUCCAUCACGUCGUUCUUCGCGUAUGUCAGGAUCAUCCGUACCAUAUAUUGUACCAGGUCAUCACUCUUGCCCAUGCGCCCAGCGUGAAUAAGGCUGACCAUGGGGACCCCGGAUCGGAUCAAGCCGCAGCGGGACGAGCAGCUGCUGCCUCAAACAUCCUCGAGAAGCUAUCGAGCCUGGAGGGCAAGAGCCUUAGCUCGGCAGCUGCCAAAUCGAUGCAGCAAUUUGUCGACAUCGCGGUUGACUGGACUCUUGAACCUAUCAUAUACGACGAAAAUGCCGAAGGCGUCAAGAAGCGGUCAGGGUCGCUCCAAAAAGACAGUAUCUUGAACAAAACUCCACAGAAUAUACCCAUCGCGACCAAACCACCUCCAAUCGAUUGUACUUGCAAGUACGACAAUAUUGCUCUCUUUUCCCGUUACCAAAAUACUUUCACGAUUGCUGGAGGAAUAUCUACCCCCAAGGUGAUGACCUGCUACGACAACAAGGGCCAUAAGCACACUCAACUGUUCAAGAGAGACGAUGGUUUCAGGCAAGAUACGGUGAUGGAGCAAGUAUUUGAGAGAGUGAACCAUCUAUUACAAGAGCGAACGCAAUCAAAACGACGACAUCUGAGAUUCAGAACCUAUACGGUCGUGGCGUUCCCUUUGAAUACCGGCGUCAUCGACUUUGUUCCAAACACAAUGCCCAUAGGCGAUUGGCUGAGACGGGCCCAUACGAAGUAUCGUCCUCAUGACAUUACAGCCUCGAAUUUCAGCAAAAGACUGGCCGAGCCAAGAAAGCAGCCGAAAGUCGACAAAUCAGUCUUGACAACACAGUUGGUGGAGAUCUUCAAGACGUGCAAGAAGAACUUCAGGCCUGUCAUGCGACAUUUCUUCACUGAAAAGCAUCGAGAUCCCGUGGCAUGGCUCAGCAUGCGGACAAGUUAUGGGAGGAGCGUCGCCGUCACUAGCAUGACUGGGUGGGUUUUGGGGAUCGGUGAUCGGCACUGCUCAAACAUAUUGAUCGACAAUAUCACUGGUGAAUUGGUUCACAUCGACUUUGGUGUGGCCUUUGAGGCUGGAACCUUGUUGCCGAUUGCUGAGCAUGUGCCAUUCCGUCUUACCGAUGACUUGGUCGAUGCCCUCGGUAUUACAGGUGUGGAGGGUGUAAUGAGGCGAUGUUCUCAGCUCGCUCUUCAGGUGCUCAUAGACUCUUCCGACGUCAUUUUGACCAUACUGGAAGUCUUCAAGCACGAUCCCCUCCAUUCAUGGUCCAGUGCGGAGAAACAAGUGCGAGCGCAGGGUGGCGGACAUGAUGUGCUCUUGGCUCACGAAAAGUCUGACAGGGUGCUGGGGAAAGUCCGGGAAAAGUUGUCGAAGGAGUUGUCAGUGGAGUAUCGAGUCAAUCAACUGAUUCAGGAGGCACGAGAUGUCAACAACUUGGCCACAAUCUACACAGGCAAGUCCGAGGUGCUUUUAUGUGUACUCUUAUGCUGA